AUGUGGAGAGAAAUCAGACUCUUGGCUGACUCUAAGCCUGUUGUUGCAUCAAAGGCUGAUGUGGCAGCUAGUGGAGGAUAUUAUACGGCAAUGGGAACUGGAAUUAUAGUUGCAGAAAAUCUAACAUUGACUGGUUCAAUUGGAGUUGUGACAGGAAAGUUCAAUCUGGGAAAAUUAUAUGAAAAGAUUGGCUUUAACAAGGAGAUAAUAUCAAGGGGGAGAUAUGCUGAGCUCACUGCUGCAGAACAACGGCCAUUUAGACCUGAUGAGGCAGAACUCUUUGCUAAGUCUGCCCAGAAUGCAUAUAAGCAGUUUCGGGACAAGGCUGCCUUCUCAUGA